CGACAUUAUGUUCAAAACGGUGUCGGUUAACUCCGCUAUUUAGCCAGCCACGGAGGUGUGUGGCAAGUAUCUUAACAGACUUAAAAAUUUAUCGCAAGAGGGAAAGCUUUUCGUUUAACAUUUUCACUCCUGAAUAUUUUACCAAACAGCAUAAAAGAAUGUCACAUAAACAAAUCUACUAUUCAGACAAGUACACCGAUGAGCACUAUGAAUACAGGCAUGUUGUGUUGCCUCGGGAAUUGGCGAAACAGGUGCCCAAAUCACACCUGAUGUCGGAGGACGAGUGGAGGCGACUUGGGGUGCAGCAGAGUCUUGGAUGGGUGCAUUACAUGAUCCACGAACCAGAACCACACAUACUUUUGUUCAGAAGACCUCUUCCAAAACCCUGAUGUGAACUUCUGGAAUUUUCUGGGACAUCCAUGUGUAUUAAUCUGGUAUUCAGAAUGUAAUUACAAACCUACUAGUGGUGAACUUUUGUGCUUGUGCUGUAUUCCUCACAGCUACAAAGCUCAGAUUAUAAAUAAGAAAUGAAAAUUCUCCUUGUGAAUAGGGGAGGUGGUAUAUUGUGUGAAAAAGAACAUGCAUACUCAGACUAAAGUGCCUGUCAUUCAUUUUUGAUCAAGUCUUUCGAAUAAAAUUAAUUUUUGCAUCAA